CUCGAGCGGUUUAACGGAGGCAGGUACCGUCUGGCUACUUAACCGCGGGUUGGUGGAUUCAUUCCGCUGUGAAACUGGCUACUGAACACAUGAAAUCUCCAGUAAUGCGAUGCCAAAGCAGCUUGUUAAACUCCAGAAGAGCGCUGUCUGAUCUGACGGAACUUCUUCAGUUCAGCACCUCACCAUCUUUACUUUCCACUUGAUGAUAAUCUCUCCGGGGGUCGUGCCAGGUGCGCCUUUCCCUUGUCUGCCUCUCACGUCUCUCGCAUUGAAAGUUUUGGGCUUUUUUUAAAAAAAAUCUUUAAAAAGUGGACAUGAAUAACACCUUCUUCAACCAAACGGAGGGAGGACUGCUCAACAAGACGGAGGAGUUUUUCUGCUGCAACUUUUCAUCCGUGGUGACUGAUAAUGGCUUUGUGGCCGCCGCUCCGGAUGAGAGGAGCCUCUUCAUCAUGAGAGUGGUCCAAAUAGCCGUCAUGUGCGUAUUGUCCCUCACGGUGGUGUUUGGCAUAUUUUUCUUGGGUUGCAACCUUCUCAUAAAGUCAGAGGGGAUGAUUAACUUUUUAGUAACGGACAGGAGACCAUCAAAAGAAACGGAGGCGGUCAUUGUCGGAGCCUACUGAUUGACGAGGACCUUUGCAUUAUGAUUUGAAUCAGAUCUGAUGUCUGCUGGGGGCAGAAUGGAGACAAUGCGACGAUCAACUGUCUAAAGAGGCCCCUGUUUUCAUGUUGGUAUUUAGGGGGGGAAAAAAUGGUCACCUUGCUGGAGGUAACUGAACCCUGCUGGUGACUGAGGCUUCACCUCAUUUUUGUGGCUUUGUAAUGCCAACAAAGACUCAUUCAUCUCCAAGAGGUAUAGAGCGUUUUAAGCCUCCUUGUUUAUAAAGUAUUCAGUCAAGCACUGUUGUAAUUUCAGUAGUUGGAGCACCCUUUGUCAAGUAGCAUCCUUUGUCAUCUAAGUGGCAAAGUCUGAAUGGAUGCUGCCCCCCCAUAAAAACCCUCUCAUAUUGCUAAUGCGAUGGGGAAAAUAAUGUUCAACAUGUACUGUAUGUUGUAUGUGUUUUUGCAUACAACGUGCAAUAUAUUUCUGAGUGUAUUUUUCUGGAUUUCCCUGGUGAUAACUGUAUGAGUGUCUGCGGGGGCGGUGGAGUGAGCCCAACAUGCCCUGUAUAUUGUUAAUUGGAAUAAAUUCAUUCUGUAAUUAAAGUUUUCCUCAUU